AUGGAGCUGGCGGCAUCGAAGGAUUCGAAUGUUGCGCCCAUUCUGGACCGACGCAAAUUGCACCUCGAACAGAGAUGGCUUAAAAGCGCAUUUGUGAACAACCACAACACCCCACCAUCUAUUCUUCGCCAGGAGCCAUCAAAAGAUGUUGAUGCAGCUUGGGAGUAUUUACACAGGAAUGGACGUAUUUUCCUGAUUACGGCAGACGAGGUCGAACGUCUUGGAAAAGAUCCAAAGGCCGCCGUGAUAGCUCCUGAUGAAUGGCGCAUGGGUAGCAACCAAUAUCUUGCCAUCAGCCAAGGCCAGCGUGAUAUUUACUGCCUGGACCGGUUACGAAGGUUUGCAUACGUAGAUUAUUACUUUGGUAAUAAGACUGACGAAGUGGAACUCGAUGCUCUGCAAUGUCUUCAGACAGUUCUACAAACGCUACGAUGCAAAUGGAGUGUAAACCUUUACACAGCUUUCUGGGUGGAAGGGUUCGACAACGCAGCUGUGGAUUUUAAUAUAUCUCGUAAAUGCCAGUCCUACGAUAGCAUCAAAUCAUGGCGUCCUAAAGGAUACUUUACCGAAGAACAAUUCGUAUCUCUACGGGCGCCGCCCGGUGCUAGAAGGAUGCCAGCAAAUAUGUACUAG